AUGUCAAUGGUGAGCGCCGUCGGAAAAGGGCGCGCAUGGCUUCAAACAUGUGAGUUGAGCGGUUCAACUGUCAAUGAUGGCAAGUUUCUCGUCGAUGAAAUCUCCAGCGAGAGCGUUUUCUGCGUGCUUGGAUCCGAUGAGCUGCCGAGGGUGACGAUAUUCGUACAAGAGGCGGGAAAGCUCGAGAUCUACUGCUUUAGUAUGGAGGGCGAGCGGCAUGUAGCCAACAGAGUCUUCCACAGCCCUGAAGUACAGGAAGAAGAGUGGUUGUCUAGUGUUGAUUCGCAGUUUUCCGUUAUGGGGGGAGGUCAGCAAGUUUUUCUCAAGAAUUUGCCGAUACAAGGUGCGAUACCUGCUUUCAUGGGCAAGAAGAUGUCGAAGUCGAGCGUGAAGAGCUUGUAG